GGCGGACCUUAAAUUCUGGCCUUGGUCAAUCAAAGCGUGUUUGCAAACCGAAAGCGAGACCGAAUCCGAGAGGCGUUCAUCCAUGCACAAUGCCGCCGCUCCGCUCGCAUCGAAAGUCACGAACAGGAUGCCUGGUCUGUAAGAAACGACGAGUCAAGUGUGACGAGUCCGGGAAUCCCUGCGCAAACUGCAGCUUUCGCGGCUUGGACUGCGCCUACGCCGAGCUCCCAAUACAAUCAUCCCGUGCUCGGCCCACUCUUACGCGCUCGCGCACGGCGUCGCCUGCGCCUGCUCCUGCUCCUGCUCCUCACCUUAAUCUUGGACAUGAAAGUGCAUCUUCGUAUCUCCCUCAACUGAGCCAGCCACACCCACACCCAUCGCCAGCGUCACCGUCAUCAUCAUAUCGACUCAACUUAGAACUAAUGCACACCUUCAGCACGGAAACAUACAAAUCCCUCUUUACCGGCCCAUUCGGGAGGGAUGAGUGGCAAGUCUUCAUCCCGCGGCGCGCACUCGAAGAAGGGAAUGAGUUCCUUCUCGAUGGGCUACUAUCCAUUGCGGCGCUGCACACGGCUGCGCGGCUCGGAUCUAGCACUAGUACUGGUACCAUGGCUCGCAAAGAUGAGGAUGAAUACCGCGCCCGGAGACAAGCGCCGAUACAACUCUACAUCGACGUGGCGAUGGACUACCAGAGCCGCGCACUGGAACCCUUCCAAAGGGCAAUCGAGACUAUCUCGCAAGAAAACUGUGAUGUCGUCUUUGCUCAUUCAAUAAUUACGAUUAUUAAUGGGAUUGCUUUCCCUCGAGUCCUCAAACUCACCACCCGUUCCGGUGCCGCAGGUUCGGAAACGAGAUCGGAUUCGGAUCCAACCACCAGCACGAGCAUGCUGGAGACAAUCUUCACCCUCUUCGAACUCGUGCAGGGGACUGCACUUAUAAACCUGCUCACGUUGCCGUGGCUAAAGGAUAAAGAUCCCUGUCUCGUCUACGAGAAUUUCUGGGCCGAGUCGAGGCUCGCGGAGCUUGAUAGGGACACGGAGGAGGCAUUGGAGCGGUUGAAUGAGCUUAAUGUGGCCGAGAACCAGCUCCAAUCUCGGGAUCACAUCAAUACUACCACAUAUCAUCUUCACCAUCAGCUAUCCCAAUCUAGCCGCCACGCCCUAAUCUCAUCAGCCAUCGCCCGCCUCUGCAAGUGCUUCCAGCGCUAUGCGGCGAUGCAGGAUCCCGUGUCCGUACUUACGUGGCUCGCUACGGUCGAUCGGGGCUUCGUAGAUUGUUUACGGCGGCGCGAGACGCUUCCGCUGUUGGUGCUUAUGCACUGGGGAGCGCUGCUGGCGAUGUUGGAUGGUGGGGUUUGGUGGGCGGAGGGGUCUGGGAGGGCGCUUGUGGAGGAUGUGAUGGGUAUCCUACAGAUGAGAAGUGAGAGCGUUGAGCGAGAUCUGAGAGUGAGAGGUGGAUUGGAUUGGGUGAGGGGUGUUUUGGAGAUAUAGGCCUGGCAAGUCCUGGAUAGGCAAAGCCUCCAUGAUAGAAGAACCGCUGAAGAUAUAAGGUUUUCCUACCAAGAAGCUAAUGAUGCUUGGAGUUGUGGUAUUAGGAUUGUCUGGACUUUCCAACGCUUGUUAAAUGGCCUUCUGAUUGGUGGGUGGGACAAGGUACAGAACCCAGAACCUAUGAUACUGGAGAUAAUUGGCCACUGCAGCAAAUCAGGCUCGACCUCCGAAUUCCAAAACCCGUGCAGUUUUUAGGGUGGGUGGGAGACAUUUUGGAAAGCCCGAGUCUGCUCGUGUUUUCGGAUAAUCUUCUCUAUCAUCUUUUCAAAGCAGAUUGUUUCGCGUUAUCUUCUGCUCUACCUUCGACUAUAUAUUUUCUUAUUCUUUGACAGCCUUGCGGGGGCUGUGCAAUGUUCUUACCUAACUCCUUAUUGAUUUCUGCGCUGGACCCCAGAAUGACCUUCACGUGCGCUCCUCCCUAGAUAGCUAUCGCUCGUGUUGUCUCUAUACUGAAUCCAACAACCAUCCCACGAUGUCUCCUUUCUCGCACGGCCUUCGGGCUGAUAGCUUACUCGGCAAAAUCAUGAC